AUGUUUUACUACUGUUUGUUGUAUCUAUUUAUUUCGUCGAUUCAAUCCUGUCCAUUGAAAACAGUUGAUAGUCGUUCUGGUUGUUAUUGUGGUAUAGAAAUCGAUGGAACAAAUUAUAUUCAAUGUCACCCGUAUUCGAUCGAACACAUCCCUGAAUUUACACGUUCGUAUGUACAUGAUAAAUUAAAUUUAUCGUACAAUUUCAUUCGGAAUUUGUCAAGUCAAUCAUUGAAUCAAUUAAAAGUGAAGAAAAUUUAUCUUCAACAGAAUCUAAUUGAAUUUAUCGAUAAGCAAACCUUUAAUAACAAUCUUUUGAAUUACCUAGAAGAACUUCAUCUCGAUAUGUUAAAUAAUGGAAGUUUAGAAUUUCUCUGUUAUGGCUCAUGGACGAAACUUCGCGUACUUCAUUUAUCCGGUUUUAAUUUGAAUCGAUUUCAAAAUUGUUUAGAAAAAUUCUCUCGAUUAGAGAAAUUAAUUAUUCAGCAUUCGCAAAUUGAUAUGCUUUCAUCGGCAAUAUUUAAAUUACCCAAUUUACAUGAAAUUUCAUUGACGAAGAAUCAUUUGGAACAUUUAAAAUUCGAUGAAGAUCUUUCUGUAUCAUCAUCGAUUCGAAUAUUUAAUUUAUCAUCGAAUCAACUUCGAAAUCUGUCAAACGAUCUGGUUCGACGAAUGACGCAAUUGAACAUCCUUGAUCUUUCGCAAAAUCUCUUCCAAACUCUGCCAAUUCUAAACCAAACGCAUUCGUUUACGAUGAAUCUGAGUUCAAAUUUGAUCAAUUAUAUUCAUAUGAAAAAUCAGGAGAAUUCCUACGACGUUUCCUUUAAUCCGAUUUGUACAUUAGAAAAAAGUGAAAUGAAUCCGACAAUCUCACUUCAUGGAAUCACUCAAUUACAUUGCGAUUGUCGUUUAGCUUAUUUUCUCAAUGAAAAUUUAGUGAACAUAUCGAAAUUAAUCGAAACUAAUCAGUUUUUGGACAACGAAACAAAAUGUUCGACACCCACAGCAUAUCAAGGCGUUUUAUUAACUCAUUUAACGUAUGAACAAUUACUUUCAACCUGUUCAGAUCAGUUGCCAAGUCAUUGUAAAGAAGUAACUCGUUUCAAAGUAAUUGAACAAUAUACCAAAGAUAUUCUUGGUCCGCGGACAACGAUUUAUUCGCCAACAAAUGCCGUACAAAGUAAAUUCAAUCUCGAAGGGAAAUUAUCCAAGAAAAUUUUGCAUUUAGAACCAAAAACAACUACGGUUAUUCCUCCGGAACUCUCCUCGUUUCGUUUAACUUCAUUUUACACAACCUACGAAGAAGACAAUCUAAUCAUUCAUUGGGAUUUUGAUACUAAAUUAUCUUCGAAAUAUCUGACAUUAAUCAAAUUUCAAAUUGUUCUUGAACAACAGUCGUCAUCCAACACGCAAGUCGUCCGUCGCACAAGUUACAUCUCACCGCAUUUGAAACAAUAUAUCAUUCAUCAUAUACCUGCGAACAAAAACUAUUACAUUUGUUUACUUUUAACACGAUCUUCGUUUGGUACGGAUAAAUAUUGUCGAGAAAUACGAACAAUAAUCACAUCGUCAACGAUAUUGAAUCCAAUUCUAUCUAAACAAGCAUUUGUACACAUGCUGUUUACCAAUCGUUCGAUUGUGUUUGGAUUUCUCUUUGGAACGAUACUCACGACCGGUCUCCUACUGACAUUAGCCUUUAUCUGUCAUUUACGUUCGAAACGACAACAUUACCGACGUGCAAACGUUUCAGUGUUUCCUCAUACUCAUCAAAAACAACAAACGUACUUAUGUAUUGACAGGAAUAAUAAUGAUGACGAUGGAACCUAUUCCAAUUCAAUCUUUUCGUCGACAUCCUCAAAAUCGCAUCAUUUUCGAAAACCUUGCCGUCGAACAUGCUUUCCACCAAUACCAUCCGAUCAAUCAUGGUAUCGUCGAAGUUUAAGACAGCUUCCAUCAGCACCGCCACUACCACCACCUUGCUGCUUUCAUCAUCAUCACCGCAAUACACCCGAUGCAUCAAUUUGCAGCAGCACAACAACACGACGAAUAACAACUCUAUCUUCACAAUACAGCAAUGCAGUCGACAAAGAAGCAAUGACAUCAACAUCGAUUAUGAGCAGUGCUAGUUCGGAUGAGCCAACAAUUAGUAGUCCAACGAAACAUGUCUACGAAGAACUAGGAGAUGAAAUGACAAUAUUAAAACCAAAUCCCGCAACUGAUAUAUUUCUUUAA